GGUGUCAAAAGCAGAGUAAAAAGAAGAAAAGAGAAGCCCCAUCAAUGAGUUAAGAAUACGCUGCAUAAGAAAUUAUUUAUAUUAGUUUGAUCAGGGCCUUCAAAUAUAUCAUCUGAUUGUGUUUGUGUCUGUGCUCAUGCUGGCACUAUCAAGCAUUCUUUCAGUUUCAGCAUUGAAUCUAGAGACUCUGGAAAAGCAGCAUACACUUCUCAGUUAAGCAAUUUAUUGUAGAAAUCAGUGGAUUGUUCGGGCAGAGCAGCAGCCAAGGUUGAAAAAAGCAUGGAUAUGUCCUAUGAUAUGUCCGUCCUGCCACCAGAUAAUCUUCAUUUGGAUAAGAGUUACAAUGAGUGGAUUCGGCCUCUUCUGGAUGUCGUUGACAAACUUCGAAAUCUGGGAGUAAUGAAGGAAGGCAUCCAAUUGCCCAGUAUUGUUGUUGUGGGAGACCAGUCUUCUGGUAAGUCAAGUGUGCUGGAGUCACUGGCAGGCAUUAGCCUACCAAAAGGCCAGGGGAUUUGUACUAGAGUCCCACUCAUCAUGAGAUUGCAGAGCUGUAAAAGUCAAGAGACCCAGAUUACCAUAGAGUACAACGGAAUUACAAGAAGCAUUUCUGAAGCUCAGAUAACAGAAGCCUUAAAUGUGGCCACAGAGGAGAUUGCAGGGACCGGGAAAGGAAUCAGUGACACCCCAAUUACACUGAAUGUGAGCAAGUUCAAUGCUCCAGAUCUAACUAUGGUGGAUUUGCCUGGCAUAACCAGGGUGCCUGUUCAUGGCCAGCCAAAGGACAUUUAUGAACAAAUUGCCAGGGUUAUUAAGCAGUAUAUAACUCCAAAGGAAAGCAUAAUUCUGAAUGUGUUAUCUGCAUCUGUAGAUUUUCCUACCUGUGAAUCUAUCAGAAUGUCCCAACAAGUAGAUGAGAAGGGGGAAAGAACUCUGGCUGUGGUCACCAAGGUAGACAAAGCUGCAGAAGGUUUGCUGGAAAAAGUAACAGUAGAUGCUGUGAAUAUUGGUCUUGGGUAUGUGUGUGUUAGAAACAGAAUUGGCAAUGAAUCAAAUGCACAGGCAAGGCAGAUAGAGAGGGAGCUCUUCACAAAAGACCCACAUCUUUCAAAGAUUGAUAAAUCCAUGGUGGGAAUACCUGUGUUGGCAGAAAAACUAAUGCAGAUCCAGGCCAUGGGGAUCAAAAAAUGUCUGCCAGAAAUUGUGAGAAAAAUAGACAUAACUCUGUCUAAGAGGCAGGCAGAGCUCAAUUCCUUGCCUAGGAAUUUCUCCAGUUCUGUUGAGGCAAUGAUUGAGUUCAUGAGGUUGAUGGAUUCAAUCAAGGGUAUAUUACACAAGCUUCUCAUACAGGGAGACACUGAAAAUUUCCAGGACGAACCCGAAAUGAAUUGUAUUGCUCAUCUCACCAGGAUGUUUAAGAGUUUCUCCCGCGACCUACUUGCUGCCAAUGAUAAGUUAACUGAAAAUUUUCUUGUUGAGGAAGUAAAAUUACUGGAAGAGGCGCAGGGCCUUAAUCUUCCAAAUUUUUUACCUCAUUCUGUUUUUGUAACUCUUCUGCAGACUCGUAUUGAUUCUUUCUCCGAGAGGAGCAGGGGUUUAGCCCUGCAGACCUGUGAUUAUUUAGACAAAGUCAUAUGUCGUGUGAUUGAUCUGCAAACAGAAUGCUACCCACAACUUCAGUCGGCAUCUAGGAGGGCUUUUCAAGCCCUAAUGGAUAUGAAAAAAGAUGAAUGCGUUCACUAUGUGGAGGAUGUCAUGGAAAUGCACAAGACAGUUAUUUAUACAGAGAAUCCUGUUUACACAGAAUACUUGCAGAGAAUGCAUGAAUUCAAGAAAAGAUUCAUGGAAGCAAUCCAAGAGAAUCACAGAGCUGUUAAAAUUGAAGGCAUGGGGGAGAUUGAUCUAAAAAAGGUACCCAAAACCAGCGAUCGGCUGGGGGCAGCAUUCGAGAUGAAGAUGAGUCUCAUGGCUUACUGGAGCGUUGUGAGGAUUAGGUUGGCUGAUGACAUACCUCUGCAUCUUCGUUUUGUUUUCCAGAAAAUGGUUCAGAAUGAUGUUGUGGGCUGCAUUGUGAAGGAGGUGAUGGGAGAAGAUUCCACCAAGAUUGGAAAUAUACUGGAAGAAAGUUCUGCUAUAGCAAACAGGAGGAGGAGCCUGAUCAAGAGCGUUAAUCUACUGAGGGAAUCAAAAUCUCUGCUCUCAAGAACCAUUGGGAAGAUUGUAGAAGCAUAGCAUUGUUCAUAGAAGAUUCGAAUGCUGCUGCUGCUUUGUUUUCACUGAAGCUUUAAGGUCAAAUACCUAAAAUAUUUAGCUUUUUAUGUUUGGUCUUUCUAUAUAGGCUAGUUUAAUAUGAGAAACCUCUCAUUUCUAUUUUCUAUGGUAGAGGUUGAGAUUCAAAUGUAUUUUUCAUAUUCUAUCAAUUAUAUAAUUAUUAUCA